AUGAUAACGAAGGCAGUAGAAGCUAGUGGAACAGUUACUAUUACAACUGUAAACCAGCAACUAUUUCGAACAAAGAUGGAUUUUAAUGAAUGUUUCAUUCAUCCAAAGUCAUUCUCUUUAGACCCUAACAUUUAUACAGAACUUGUAGAACAUUAUACAAACGAGGCUUUAUGUUUUCCUGUUAAAGUUAUGGAUUGGAUUCCUAUGGACGGUUCAUUCUCAAAGAAUACAGAUAGUUCAAGUGCAACAUUUACAGCAGCUUAUACGCCUAUUAAUGUUAAAAGUAUUUGGGCACUAUUUAGAAAGAAAGACAACUAUUAUGUUAAUUUUGAGAACCCUAAGUUUAAAUAUCUUCAGCUUUCCAUGGGAGCUUAUGGAAAUAUGCCUGCAGAACCUGAAAAAUCAUAUGGACCUGUAUUUUAUGAAAUGGUUGCGAACGCUUGCAAUACAAACAAUGAUAUGAUAGGAUUUAAUGAAGAUGUUAUGAGGUCAUUGGUGGAUGAUGGUAGUGUGGAACAUAAAUGGGAUAGCUAUGACAACACACAUUUCUUAUGUGGUUUUCCAACAGAAGUGGACUUUUGCUUCCAGCAAGGUCAA